AUGUCGAAGAUUGAAGGGAUAGACCCACGUGUUAAAUCAUACCUCUAUAAUAUUGGCUAUCAUAGAUGGCCAAGAGUACAUGCAACGGUGAAUAGAACUUGGACUAUGACAUCAAACAUUACCGAGUCGUUGAAUGCUGUAACAAAAGAGGCAAGCGAGCUGCCAAUAUUUGAUCUAUUAGAGUAUAUGAGGACACUUCUUGAACGUUGGACAAAAGAGAAGUUAUUGAAGGUGAGGGCUUUAACAGAUCAUAUCCAUACUGUGAUAGAUGGUGUGAAGUGGUACAUUGUGUGUCUUGAAAGCAAGAAAUGUAGUUGUGACCAGUUCCAACUUGAUGAACUUCCAUGUCUGCAUGCUUUGGCAGCUCUAAGGCACAGGAAUGAAACUUAUGAAAACUAUUUCUCUCCGUAUUACACAAGGGAGAGCCUGCUGCGUACAUAUGAAAUACCAGUAAAUCCCCUUCCUGAUAAAAGCGAAUGGAAUGUGCCACAACAUAUAUCUGAUGAAGUAGUAAAUCCACCUACGGGAGAGAAAAGGCAACCAGGAAGACCUCAAAAGGAAAGAUACAAAACAUAUGAUGAACUAAAGUCAAAGAAGUACAAGGUGUCAUGUGACAACUGUGGAGAUAAUGAAGAACAUGUGCUGUAA